AACCAAUCACCUUAGAAUACUGUGCCCUACUGCACCAACUGUGAGAUAUGGGUGGGUCACUAAAGCAGGAAAUAAUACCGAAAGACUAGACAUACACAUGGAGGCUUUCUUAAAGUUCCUUUCAGCUCAACGUGACAGCAGGACAGACAGCUGAUGGCCAAUGCUUCUUACCAGUUUGACUGCAUGCAGGGUCCUUACCAGACAAUGGACCCAGCAGUUAUCACUGAAGGCAAGGUGGAGCUUGACAGCAUACAGUGUGCAAAUGCCACUGGUGGAGCAGAUGCCAGCUUACUAUGCGCCUCAAAUUUCCAAGGGACAGAGGGUGCGGAGUACCUUGAAACCACAAAACAUUACAAGCUGGAGUGUAGCAGACUUGAAAGUGGGGAAUUAGAAGUGGCGUUGUCAAAUCCUGUCAGAUGUGCUACCCGGAGACCAAACCUGCAAAGGUCUGAUGAGGCCAAUAAGUUUGUUGUAAAAAGACAAAGAACGAUGGAGAUGCAACCUUUCCCUGCCAUUGGCUCACAGAUUCCACCACCAGGAAUGAAUGGGGACUACAUCCAUGGACCUGCCUUUAGCCCAUUUUACUCACAUAUCAACCAUGACCCAACAGCAAAACAGACUACUGAAAGCAUGAGAAUGUCAGGACCUAUUUCUAAUACUAGAGUCCAGCACGGGCAACCUCUUUUCUGUAACAGUAGGCCUUACGUAGACUCAUGUGUGCCUCUUACACCAGACUCCAGUAACCCAGAACGAGAUCGCUGGGUCAGCAGAACUGAUGAUGCCCCAACUGGGAAGGUCAAGAACCUUUAUGUGGAACUGGUGAGAGAACUGGAGCAACAGUCAGCAGAAAUGAGGUGCCAGCUAGCUUCCCGGGAUGAAACAAUUCUUCAGCAGGAAAGGAGAAUCAAGGACCUUGAGCAUGAAAAUCAGCAGCUGAGAAUAGAGCUGCAGUCUCUGGAGGAGCAGAAUGAUUUUCUUUCUAGCACAGACAAAGUUAUAGAAAGAGGCAGGACAGAAGGAAAUGGACUAGGGGAAGGGGCAAAGCUGCUAACAAUAGCAUCUGGGAACAGCAGCAUUGAAGUCACAGAAAUGAAUCUACAAUUUUUGAGAGAUUUACUUAAAAUCCUGGAUCAAGGCAGGGAGAACCAUGUCAACAGCUUCCAGAGCAUGCCACCUCCCAGCACACUAAAUGAGGUGCAUAUACCUAUAGAGAUUCCACCUCCACCACCACCACAGCCACCACCACCACCGCCUCCACCACCACCUCCACCACCACAACUACUACCACCACCUGUACCACCAAGUCAGACUCAGAUUCCUGUGGAUCUUCCAGUACCUGUGCCAAUGCAGUUACCAGUACCAGUGACUCCAACAUACAUCCCAGUCAGAAGACCCCGAAACAGAGGGAUUAGUGGAUUGUCUGCAUGGAUAAAUGUGGAAGAUGGCACCAGUGGACCUACAGUCUUGAGCGACAGUAAAGCAAAAAGUAUUUGGGAGGAAAAUUUUAAGGAAACCAUGGCAGAUGGCUCACCAGUCUGGGCUUCCCCUGUGGAGGAAAAUGGAAGACUGAAGUUGGAACUCAUUUCUGGUUCUGGGGUGUAUAUAACACAACACCAGCUGGACGACCUCUCACUCAUAUCACGAGACAAGCCCAAGCUGAUGACACGUCGACUUUUGGAUUACUUCUUCUCAAGAGAGACACUGGCUAGGUCCUCUGCCACUGGGCAACGAAUUGCCCAUAACAACACUACCAUGGAAAAACCAAUACGGUUACCAGUGGCUGUGGUCACAGCCAUCAAAGAAUAUGUCACCAAGGUCUGUGGAAGAGGGUGCAAUUUCAAUGCAGUGAUUAACAGCAAGUGUGGGACAUCUAGGAGAGCGGUGAGGAAAAUGACAGUUAAAAUGGACUGAAUGCUGAUUUCCACAACUGGAGCAAACUUCCACAGAGACAUUUCUUUGUUUUUUGGAUAUUUCAUACGACUGAAAAGUAUUGUUUGAAAUUCCAAGUACUUUCCACUAUUAGUUUCAUAUUUAGAUCACAGCCAAACAAACUGAAUGUGAAUUCCAUGGAUUCUAGUACAAAAUGUCAAUCAUUAGAAGGACACUGGAUGGUUUUGCUGCUUCAUAAGUGGACCACAUUCUUAGAAGAAUGACAUUUUCCAAAUAGCUCACAAUUAGCACGUUUUAGAAUUGUGAUGUCUGACCUCCAUUUGCAACUUCUUUUACCAGUUCAGACACCAGAAUCAUAAUGUUAAAUAUUAAUCCAAUACAGAAGCCACACAAUUCAUUGUUUUAAGGAAAGAAAUGUGUACGGUGCAUAUGUAUAUAUUAAACUGUUUUACUUUCAA